GUGAAACUCUGAUCAAAAGACAGGGGAAUAGUGGACAGCACCGUACAGUCACAGUAGAACAUCUCAUGCCCGGUUUGUCGCCACUAUCUACGGAUGGCUGUCUGAUAAUGUGGACUGCCGGCUGUGGAAGCCAUCGAUGCCGCUGUCGUCCAGACGUGCCGAGACUCACCACCAUGGCCUCAGCGGUGAUGUUACCCCGCUGCACAUCUGUCAGGUUCCCCGCGGUGGCCACUGCCGUCCUGCUACUGAUGUCGGUGACCACUGUACAGGCAUCUCAAGGCGACAAGGAGCCGGUUUACCGAGACUGCGUGAAUCAAUGUGUCCGGAGCAACUGCACUGGAGCUCGGCUAUGGGACUUCCAGUCUACCCAGCCGCAGUACAUGGCGCUGACAGGUUGGACAUGUCGCGAUGACUGUCGCUAUCAAUGCAUGUGGACCACGGUGGGUCUUUACCAGGCCGAGGGGUACAGAGUCCCACAGUUCCACGGCAAGUGGCCAUUUGCGCGCUUCCUGUGUUUUGAGGAGCCAGCGUCUGCCCUCGCCUCUCUGCUGAAUGGCCUAGCUUGCCUUCUCAUGCUGCUGCGCUAUCGGAGCACGGUGCCACGCCAGAGCCCCAUGUUCCAAACCAUCAACGCCUUCUCUCUGGUUUCUCUUAACGCCUGGUUCUGGUCCACAGUGUUUCACACCCGGGACACCUAUCUGACUGAGAAAAUGGACUACUUCUGUGCAACAGCGGUCCUUCUUUACUCAAUCUACCUAUGCUGUGUCAGAACGUUGGGUCUGAGGCGACCUGGGGUGUCCAGCAUGGUGGGAGUCCUGCUCAUCUUGGCCUUUACCUCGCAUGUGUCCUACUUGACCUUUGUCAGCUUCGACUACGGCUACAACAUGGCUGCGAACACCACCAUCGGCAUGGUGAACCUCUUGUGGUGGCUGUGUUGGUGCUGGCAGAACCGGCGGACCCUGCCGUACUGGUGGAAGUGUGGCCUGGUGGUGCUGCUGCUUCAUGGUCUGGCUCUGCUGGAGCUGCUGGACUUCCCCCCAAUGCUCUGGGUCCUGGAUGCUCAUGCCGUGUGGCACCUCAGCACCAUACCAGUGCACUUCCUUUUCUACAGUUUCCUGAUAGACGACAGCCUGUACCUGCUAAACACAGAGAAGAUGGGUGUCAAAGUCGAGUAGGAGGAGCUCAUCACCUCCUCCGCACGCCAACACCCUCGCACCUCUCCAAUCAGAGCAGUCGGACGCUUGAACACGGAAGUAGCGCAGCCUCACGGAUGACAUGACACCACUAUGACUUCCAUCAAAGUAGACUUUGUUUACAUCUCGCUUGUUUUUAUUUAGUUUUAAGUAUUUAUUUGGGGGUUACUUUAUUCUGAAGUUCAACAUUGCUGCUCGCUCUGGUUAACUUUGCCUUCUGCGUUAUCAUAACUGCAAAGAACAGGAUGAAGGGGAAAAGGUUUUGUCUUCCUCCUAAUCAGACCAAGUUUUUGACUUCCAAUUGGGACGCAUAUCCUGUUUCCUUCGACUCUCCUGCGCUUCUGAAAUUGAUCCCCUGAUCCGCUGAUUUAGCUCUGCACAUACAGCAGUUUGCCGAGGCUGACGAUAGAUGGCACCAAAUCCCUUGCCAGGCCAUCGUAACACACUGUUUGGUUCAGCAUGUGUCAGGGUCCAUCUGUGCCAAAAGUGGACUGGUGGACACAGAGACGUGCCCCUUGUGAAGUGGGCAGGUGGGGUCAGAUUGUUCUA